GUCGCCCGUUGCCGGUGUUUGCGCACAAAGCGAUAUUUCACAAAUAUGAUCAAGGGCAUUCGAAAGUCGCUCAAGGGCGACACAUAUUCGGGUCCGAAAGCGUCGCACUUAUCUAUUACGCCAAAGACCGCCAUCACCAUUCAACCCCCUAAAAAAGUGAUUCGAGCAUCGUUCGACUACACGGCAGCAAGCGAUCUGGAAUUAAGCUUCUCCAAGGGUGACUUUUUCCAUGUUAUAGGGAGAGAAGACGACCCCGAAUGGUACGAAGCAUGCAAUCCGGCUUCAAAUGCGAGGGGAUUGGUCCCAGUCCCUUACUUUCAAACAUUGGGUAAGGGCGGGCGUGGGAGUCAGGAUUCUGCGGCUUCUGGCGUCAGUGAUAUUUUAAGGACCGAUUCGGGAUACUCUGAUCGGGGCGCGACCGCUGGAUCGCAAGAGCGUGUCACCUCUUCCAGUGGCACUGAGAGGCCGAGGGCUAUGAGUACUGCUGGGAAAUCUGGCAGUCCCCUCUAUGGUGUUGUGCAGUAUGAUUUUGCCGCGGAGAGACCCGACGAGCUGGAAGCAAAAGCCGGUGAAGCAAUUAUAGUUGUUGCGCAAUCGGAUAAGGACUGGUUUGUCGCGAAGCCGAUUGGUAGGCUCGGUGGUCCUGGCUUGAUUCCGGUGGAUUUCAUUGAGAUUAGGGAUAUGGCUACUGGCCAAACCGUCGAAGACACCCAAGCUGCGAUUGCGCGUGCUGGCGUACCAAAAGUUGAGGAAUGGAAGAGGAUGGCUGCCGAGUACAAAAAUAGUAGCAUUUCACUUGGUAGAUUCGACUUCGAUGCACAGACGGCGCAAGCCCAGGGGCAGAUGCAGAACAUGUCGAUAAGUGACGGUCAGAACAGACAUACGCUCCAAGCGUACCCUAAUGGUGGCGGUCCUCCGGAUCAGUACCGUCACUCGAGAUCGUCCUCGCAGGGCCAAUAUUUGGCACCUGUGGCUGCAUCCGUCGAUAGUUACUCUUUCGAGAAUGGUCGGUACUGGUACGUACUCAACGCGACAAUGGAGGAUGGCAGAAGCUGGAUCCUAUGCCGGUUCUAUGAGGAUUUCUACGACUUUCAAAUUUCUCUGCUAGACGAGUUCAAGGAGGAGGCCGGUCACACUGGACAACCUCGCUCCUUACCAUACAUGCCGGGGCCCGUAACAUACGUCACCGACACUAUUUCGGCCGCUAGGAGAACGAGUUUGGAUGAGUACAUCAAAAAAUUGUUGGGUAUGCCUACCUAUAUCUCUAGGAGCAAACUGGUGAGGCAACUAUUUGCGCCUCGACCCGGAGAUGUGGAAACAACCGGUUAUAGACAAUCGCAGGUUUCCCUCCACGAUAACAGACGUUCCACAGCAUCCCAACAGUCUAGCGACUCAUCGAGGGAACCAUCAAGGCAGUCCUCACAACAUAAUCUUAAUGGGACUAAUGGCGGAAAUGUAUAUCCCGGUUUAUCGGCACCCCCUCCACGGAGCUCCGGGCAACAGCCACGAAUGGGAGGAUCCAAUGGCAUCUCUCAAGCCCAGCAAGUCCACAUUCGCUCGGGCUCUGAUCUGCAGCCCCCACGCAUGCUCCGACAAGAUAGUUCUAUGAGCGCUGCAACCCAAGGAUCAAACUCUUCACAGCCGGGGCAGUUCAUGAAGGUUAAGAUUACCUACAGUGACGACCUGAUUGCAAUUCGCCUGCCAAAGGACGUGUCUUACGUUCAGUUGCAAGAGAAGUUACAGGAGCGUUUGGGAGCAGAUAUCAGUUCUGUCCGGUAUAAGGAUGAGCCUUCAGGGACUUAUGUCGAGCUGUUGAGCGAUAACGAUUUGGCUGUCGCACUGAGCCGGAAUCCGAAGCUUUGGCUGCACGUGCAGAGUUAGGAAAAACAAUAAAACAACAUUUGGAUUUUUGCUUUCUCUUUUCUUCUUUUACCCCCCCCUUUUGAUAGUUUUUCAUUUCUAUACCAUGUCAUUCAUACCUGAUACUGGAGUUUUUCUUUCCGUCUUUUCUUUCCUUUUUGUGCUUACUUGAACGUGUCCAAACUCUUUAGUUAACUCUUUCAUUUGUCAUGGGUCCAGGGGUGGUUUUUGUCUGGAGCUGCGAAAUAGCCAUUGGGGGCAGAGAGAAAGAGCUAAACAUUUUGAGAAUCUUGCUUCUCUUCCCUCCCAGCUGACGUACUUAGUUUGUAUUCCCUGUUACCCCCCCCCCUUUUAUUCUCUCCAGCCCCAGCUAUUUUUCUUGCUAUUUCCUUUGGUGCGUCUGUCUCUGUGUUUCUGAAUGUUCCUGUCAUCUAUGAGGGUAUAACGUGUGAUACGAGGUUUGGAUUUUCUUUUUUUUGGGGGGUGGCAUGGGGAGUUGACUUCGAUCGUUCAAACCGGGACCGGGAACUCAUCUCAUCGGUAGGCGACUGAGUGAGUCAGCGUUGACAGACCACAUUUGACGAUGGAGAGAAUAUGGCUACGGCAUGCGCUGCUGUGCCAUGUAGAUUGGUGAAUCUAGUUUGUGGGGUAGGAGGAGUAGGAGUAGGAAGGGAUCAUUGUUGUCACGAAUGUAUUGCUUUUUAUCAUACUGAAUUCGUAUGUUUGUCUGCCUGUCUUGGAGUCUGAGCUGUGGGUGGCGGGGAAUUAUGGUCGUU